AUGGCUGACAGGAGCAAUACUGUCAGAAAACCUGGUUAUAUACUUAUGGUGCCAAUCUGCCAAACUAAUGUACCUCUUUCAGGUUAUGUGAUUCUUGGUGUAAUGCAACCUUAUAUAGGAAAAGGCAGGAACAUUACCACUGACAACUUUUUCAUGUCACUAAAAUUGGCUAAACAGCUGCAGGACAGGAAGACAAGCCUUGUCGGCACAGUAAAUAGUAUCAGGAGAGAACUUCCGCCAUCAGCACUGGACCUGGACACAGAGUGCUACUCUAGUAGACUGCUGAAGCACUCUGGUUGCACUCUAACAGUCUACAAGUGCAAGCCAAGAAAAAAUGUGAUUUUGAUGAGCACGCUUCAUCCUUCCAUUGCCAUUGGGAAUGAUGCAAAGAAGAUCCCAGAGACUGUACAGUUUUAUAAUUCCACAAAGUUUGGUGUUGAUAUAGUAGACCAGAUGUCUCAGAAAUACUCUGUGAAAGCUGGAUCUCGCAGGUGGCCUGUUCAAGUGUUCUACAACAUCAUGGAUCUAGCAGCCAUCAAUUCCUGGAUCCUUUACAAGGAAACCACAGGCAAAUGGAUCAGUAGGAGAAACUAUAUAUUGCAGCUAGCAGAGGAACUUCAACUGGCACAUCUUAGAAAAGUACAAAUUGCAAAGCGUGUAGCAGACCCUACAGCAGAAACUGGUGAUUGCCCUGCAAAAUGCCAGUGA